GUGUUUCCAUGUCCCUCCAUGCCUUUUUUGGCAUCUAAUGGAAGAAAAAUCACACAUCAGGUCCGCCAUGGUAUCCAGGCUGCCUAAGUUCGGUGGACGCUCCUCGACUGGUGCUGCCAGCCCCUUGUCCAAUGGUUCUACACACCCGACCACCCCCACUCAGGAUGGAAAGACCACUCCCUCAGGAACACGGCCGAAUGGCGUAAUCCGAGCCUCUUCAUUUUCCUUCAAAUGGAAGAGAGACGAGGGGACGAGCCCCACCAGCCCUGAGGAUGGAGUUGAAGAAAAGGCUCAGACACUGCUCCCCCCUCUGGUAAAGGAGGUGAGAAAUGGCUCUCCAUCGACGCCCAAGAUGCGGAGGUCAGGUGUUUUGACGGUGGCUGUCUCCAGUCCCAAGGCCAUCCCCAAGCAAUCUUUGAAGAUGAGUCCCAAAAUAGUGACCAAGCUAGACCAAAGCCCACUGAACGGAGGUCCUAAAAUUGCAGCCCAUAAUGGCUUCAGCAGUCCAGUUCGAACGGGGUCAGAAUCCCGACUUGUGCGGACGAGAGCAGGCUCCAGCUCUCCCAGAAGCAGCUCUCAAGACAGCCUGUCCCAGUCAAGUGACAGCCUGAAGACCUUGGCACUUGACAACAUGGUGCGCUCAAACAGCUUCACUCACUUCAAGCAGAUUCCCUCACCCACCAGCCAGCCUAUGACGCGGUCCUUCUCCUUCAACCGGGCUGUAGAGCUAGCCAAGCCUCUGACAAACACUCAGCUCCGGCCUCCUCGCAGUAGUUUUCUCAAACCCCCUCAGCUGAGCAAUGGAAGAGUGGGUUUAGGACUCGGAGGCCUGAAUAGCGGCCUUGGAGGUUCAGGAGGUCUAGGUGGAGGACUUCAGUACAGUAGACCACCUUCAGCUGCCUCUUCUCUCCCCACUCUCUCAAUCCCUCCAGCGCCCACUACUCCUAGUCCUCUGAGAAAGCCUCUGCUCCCCAGCUGUGUGCUCAACAAGUCAUUGGGAAGCAGUGGUUUGUCUUUGGGCUACAGGCCGACUCGAUCUGGGCAGACCAAGCAGCAAAAGCCACUUUUUCCAUGUAGGGUCAAGGGGGAUAUCAGACCUUCAACUGCCCCUGAAUUUGCAGGGCUAUUAGGGAUAGCAAUAGACAUUGAGCGGACUAGUGAGACUGCAAAAGCAGUCUCUCCCAGUGACAGUGAUGGAAGCUCCGGAGGAGGAAAAGGAGGAAAAAGUGUGCUUAAGAUCUCUGGCCAGACAGCAGGUGAGACUUUGGAGGACAUGUCCUUAUCCUCGGCCUCCUCUCUAGACAGAGGCGACACCAGUGAAGAUUUUCUUGAUGACUUUGACUGUCUGGGAGAUGGGUUCAGUGAUGGGGACCUGCCUGACAACAGAAGAACUGACAGCACUACUCAAACCCGCUUACACAGCUUUCUCAAUGAGAGCCUUGACUGGGACACUAUGGAUCUGGCAGGACAUAAAGAAGAGAGCCCUAUGCAGGACUCUCAGGGACCGCUGGGCUUGUCUUCAGAGCCGGCUGACGUCCUUCAGGCUUCGUCUGUGGAGAUGUCGCCCUCCAACAGCUCUGGUGGAACCUACAUGUGGGAUGAGGAUGGUCUCGAGCCACUUGGGGGGCCGGGGACACAUCCAUGUGACAGCUAUGAUGAUUCAGACCUCAACAGCAUGGGAUUAAACGAGCAGAACAAAGGCUGAAAAGGAAAGCAAAAGUGUCUCGAGGUU